AUGGUGUGCAGGACCACAGAAAAAGGUGACCUUCAGAAAGCGGCUGAGAUCAAGAGCACUGAGAAGUAUGAACUUAAGACCAGGAAACAGAACCCUGGAUAUUAUAAAGGGGAUUUUUCAGCCGCAGUCUUAUUAGCUCAUACCUGGGCGAGUGAGGUUCAGAGCUAGUGGCCCCGCGGGAGCGGGAGCGGGGCCAUGGCUGAAGGGGUUGAGCCCAUGGACGAAUCCCAAGGUACUGAAGUUAAAACCCAGCAGCCCACGGAAAGAGGCCUCGUGGGACCCCUGAGGCGGAGCUCGGGCUCCGUGCUCAAGGUGUCCCAGCUGUUGCUCCGCGCCAUCGCCUCACACAAAAGGCUGACCCUGGCGGCUCUCAAGAAGGAGUUCAGAAAUGGGGGCUACGAGGUGCACAGGAAUUGCGGCCGCCUCUCGGGCGAAAGGUCCAGGUCUGAAGGGAAGGGCCUUCACCUCCGGGUGACCGGCAGCGAAGGCGCCGGCUACUUUAGGAUCUGGAAGGUUCCGAAGCCGAAGAGAAAGCCAGGACGCCCAAGGCUGGAGGAGGGAGGGCGCUCGCUAAGGACCCCUCUAGGGGCGCGGAACUCACGCAGGGGCUCUGCGCGCCGAACGGUGGCCAGGAAGGUGAGAAGGGGGCGCUCUAGGGCAGACUCGAGGACGGAGAGGUCAAGGGCCAAGGACCUGGUGAGUUCCAGAACCAAGGAGGAAGGGAGGGCCAAGAAGGAAGACAUCAGGCCCAGAUCCCGAAAUGCGAAGAGGCCAAGCUCCAAGGCCAGGGAAGAAAAGAAGCAGGACCCGGGGAGGCCGGGGAAACGGACGGUCCAGAGGCCAACGGCGAAGACGUGCGACUCGAGGGCUACUCGCACCAAGACUUCUGCUAAAGCUGAAGGUGCUCGGAGUGCCACCGGGAGUCCAUAGUGUGGGAGCCACGCCCCUUCCUCCAGGCACAGAUGCCUUUCCCCCCAUAGGCUCCAGAGAGAGCAGCUCUCCACGCUCAUUGAAAUGAACAAAAUAUAUACAAGACCUUUCCACCGCAUUGUGUGUGUUUCCUCUUUGCUGCACCCGAAGGGGAAAGGGUGGGUGUUGAGCUGAGACCUGUAGCAGAAGCCUGUCCAGUGAAGACGGAACAAGGUGUAUGACGUUCUGUUUCUGCUGCAGGAGCCAGGAAAAUGCCUUUUAAAAGGAAAGAAAACAGGUAGAAGAAAGCCAGCAACUUCACGGGGUUACAGUAUGUGUUGGAUUAAUGUUAGACAGCCUAGCAAAUCUAAAUUGAGUUUUGGAGAGAAGGGCAAGUAAGGAGAGAAGUAGGGGCAUCACUGGGGCAAGAGAAUAGACAGCCUUUAGGUUAAGUGGUCCCACUAAUCCAAAGUGUUCUUACUGGAAAUUCCUUUUAGAAGACGGCCUGUCUCCCGUAAUUGAUUGUAAUGCGUUUGUAAUUUUUGCCCUGAUUUGACAAUUGUUUUAACUUAGAAAAAUGUCUUAUAUGUUAAUUCUCAAUUGAGUGACAGUGUGUGUGAAAGCGUCUAGCACAAGGCUUGAGUCAUGGUAGGUGCUUAUCACAAGAAUUAUAUAUGAGUAUAAAUGAUUUGUGAUAGAGCGAUAAUGUGCUACCACAGAAAACUAUACUGAUCAGUACUUAAUGAGACCAGGAUCCUAGUCAAAGUGCUGCCACUCGGACCUUAACUAGGUUAUUUAAUCACUCAUGGUCUUGGUUUCCUUCUCUGUUUAAAAAAAUGCUGAAAUUAGAGUAGGAUUAUUUUAGGUGAUCUUAAGUGUCUGUAAAAUGAUAAGAGGGACUUAGACAUCAUGGUGUGUGCUUUGAUUGACAAAAUUCAUUAAGGGAAUUAUCAUCUGGGAAAGUACUGUCUCCUACUGAGGAAACUACUAAGAUAUACAGAAUGCAUAUCAGAAAUAAAAGAAGAUGGGGAAGGCUAAGUAAUGAACAGCUAGAUCUUUGCUCUUCUCAAAACACAUGUGCUAAGCACUAUAUACCAAAUUGAAGCAAAUAUAUGAUUUCUUUGGGUUCUCAAAGCAGGCAUAA